AUGUUUGUAUCAACAUCAACACGAUUUGCGCUCCUUAACAACUUCCUGCUCUCUCCAUCCUUUCCCGCUCGAGCUGUCGUCACCGCUCCGCCGGCCCGCCGCGAUGACAAGUACGCGCCAAGCAUCCCGCCUCUGUCAUUGAACAUCCCUAAAGUGUCCAUCGCCCCGCCAAACAUCCCAUCUAUCUCACUAGAUCUCCCCGUCGAGACGUGCACGCCUGGUCACAGCUCGUACGCGACGCCUGGCGUCGACGGCCAUGUUCCGGCGGAUGCGUGCAAUGCGCUGUGGGUCUACUUCCCCAACUUCGCAGCGGCCAUAGCUUUUUCUGUUCUAUUUGGCAUUCUCGUAAUCGCACACGUGUUUCAAGCAGCCAAGUACCGCAACGGCUUCUGCUGGGUCAUCAUCAUGGCCGGUCUCUGGGAGACGGGUGCAUAUGCUUUCCGCGCGCUGGGCUCCAAGAAUCAGCAAUCCGCGGGCAUUGCCACUGUUGCACAGAUCUUGGUCUUGGUAGCUCCCAUUUGGGUCAAUGCCUUUGCGUACAUGGUCUUCGCCCGCAUCGUGCAUUUCUACGCACCCACUCGAAGAGUCUGGUUCUUCUCACCUUCCAUGCUCGCUCUCAUCUUUGUCACCCUCGACAUUGUUUCGUUUGUCCUUCAGCUCAUUGGCGGUGGCAUGGCUGGGCCAGGCUCAACUCCGGAGUCUCAGAGGAAGGGGUUGAACAUCUACAUGGGCGGCAUUGGCAUGCAGGAGGGCUUCAUUGUCUUGUUCUCAGGCUUGGUCAUAAAGUUCCACCGCGAUCAGCUCCAGGCAGAGCGAGUCGGACGUUUGGCUGCGGACAAGACUGCCGGCUGGAGAUGGCUGAUCUAUGCGCUGUAUGCGUGCUUGCUUACCAUUUCCAUCCGCAUCUUCUACCGCCUCGCCGAGUUCUCCGGUGGGCUGGGCAACAGCAAUCCUCUUCCGAGUAAUGAGCCGGUCCUGUAUGUCCUGGAGUCGGCACCAAUGUGGCUAGCCAUCCUUGUAUGGAACAUCUUCCAUCCUGGUCGCUUCAUUCAUGGUCCCGAUGCCAAGAUGCCGCGCUCAUGGCUGUCUCGCCAUCUCUGCUGCUGCUGUCGCAAGCGUCGUUGUGACGACUGCAAUGGGAAGAUGGGCCACGCAGGUCCUCACCAUCACCGCUUGGGCGAAGAUUCGGAGCUCGAGGAAAAUCAAGAGAUGUAUCCCGUCCUCAAGAACUCCAGGGGUCGUGUUUCUGUGGCCCCAGUCAACCCUUUCUUGGAAGCACUAUCGCGAGACCCAUCUCCAAACUCCAGAGAGCAGCUUCGCCUUCGCCCCCCACCAGCUGCGGACAAUCAUCGCGAAAUUAGUCCUGAGCCAGCAACAUACAACGCAUACCGGCAGCGCGGGUAUGUGGGCUAA